CUCUCUCUCUCUCUCUCUCUCUCUCUCUCUCUCUCUCUCUCUCUCUCUCUCUGUCUGAACGUGGACAAUCAUGCAUGUGCUCUUCUGGGGCUUGGGCUUCCUACUGUUCCCGGAUUUCUUGAAUGUAGUCGCAUCCACGGGGAGAUUGCUUUGGAGUUCACGCGCAGUGAAAGAGGAGUUUGGCGCUUAUGAGAUUGUGACGCCGCAGCGGGUGAAUGAAGCCGGUGACAAGUUCCCAACCGGCGCGCACUUCAGGAGGAAGAGAAGAAGUUUGGACGAAGUUUGGACAGAUCACUGGGACUCGGAUAAUAUCCACUACAGGAUAUCUGCCUUCGGGAAACACUAUCACCUCAACCUCACGCUGGAGUCGGGAUUUAUUGCGCCUCUGUACACUGUGACGGUACUUGGAGCGCCCCAAGGAGCGAACAGGACAGAUGCUGAGGGAGAGGAGAAGGAGACUGGGGAGGAGGAGGAGGAAGAGGAGGAGGAGGACACUGAGYUACGGCAUUGCUUUUACAGAGGACAUGUAAACGCACAGGAACAACACGCCGCGGUCAUCAGCUUGUGCUCCGGACUGCUCGGCACUUUCAGGUCUCCAGAUGGGGAGUAUUUUGUGGAGCCCCUGCACAGCUACGAAGGGGAACGCUACGAGGAAGAACACACMAAACCUCAUAUCGUGUACAGGAAACGUGCACCCAAGAAUCAGACGUCUGAAGAAACUCCARCUUGUGACACUUCAGGGCACAAACACAGACAGAAGAGCAACAAGCCGAAGAGAGCAGCAGCCGCCGGAGCCACCGCUGUCUCCAAACCCGAAGUGGGCACCGGUUUCCUCAACGACCUGGAGUCUCUGAGCCUCAGCCUGGCUGCUGACRCUCUGCUCGAAUCAGAGCGGGGCAUUGCCAGCACUAGACCGUCAAAUGAUAGCAGUGGGGACUCAGGACCUCACAGGAGAUCAAAGCGCUUCCUCUCCUACCCGCGCUUUGUUGAAGUCAUGCUGGUCGCCGACAGCAAAAUGGUGGAGCAUCACGGCAGCAACCUGCAGCACUACAUCCUCACGUUAAUGUCCAUAGUUUCUUCCAUCUACAAGGAUCCCAGCAUAGGCAACCUGAUUAACAUCGUGAUCGUUAAGCUAGUGAUAAUAAACAAUGAGCUGGAUGGUCCGGUCAUCUCCUUUAAUGCACAGACCACUUUAAAGAACUUCUGCAUCUGGCAGCAAAGUCAGAACRUCUUGGAUGAUAACCACCACUCCCAUCACGACACGGCCAUCCUUAUCACCAGGCAAGACAUCUGCAGAGCGAGGGAUAAGUGCGACACCUUAGGACUUGCAGAGUUGGGUACGGUGUGCGACCCGUACAGAAGCUGCAGCAUCAGUGAGGACAACGGGCUCAGCACGGCSUUUACUAUUGCCCACGAACUCGGCCACGUGUUCAACAUGCCUCAUGAUGACAGUAACAAGUGUAAGGACGAUGGCGUUAAGAUCCAGCAACACGUGAUGGCUCCCACGCUUAAUUACAACACAAACCCCUGGAUGUGGUCCAAAUGUAGCAGGAAGUACAUCACAGAGUUUCUGGACACAGGAUACGGCGAGUGCUUGCUGGACGAGCCCGUUUCUAGGCCGUACAGUCUGUCGCAGCAGCUGCCCGGCCGGAUAUACAGUGUCAAUAAACAGUGCGAGUUGAUAUUUGGGCCUGGAACACAGGUGUGCCCUUAUAUGACUCAGUGUCGGAGGCUGUGGUGCACCAGUCCAGAGGGAGCCCAGAGGGGUUGCAGGACGCAGCACAUGCCGUGGGCRGAUGGCACUGACUGCUUACCUGGGAAGCACUGCAAACACGGCCUGUGCAUAGCCAGGGAGCGUGACGCCGCGCCUGUGGAGGGGGCGUGGGGAGUUUGGAGUCCCUUCGGCACCUGUUCACGGACGUGUGGCGGCGGCAUAAUGAUAGCGAUGCGCGAAUGCAACCGGCCCUUGCCAAGGAACGGAGGGAUGUACUGCGUCGGCCGCCGGAUGAAGUUCCGUUCUUGCAACUCGGAGCCCUGCUCAAAGCAAAAGAAGGACUUCAGGGAGGAGCAGUGCGCUGCUUUUGAUGGCAGGCACUUCAACAUUAACGGCCUACCUUCCAACGUUCGCUGGGUGCCCAAAUACAGCGGAAUCCUGAUGAAGGACAGGUGUAAGCUGUUCUGCAGAGUGGCGGGCAGCACGGCCUAUUAUCAGCUCAGGGACAGGGUCAUCGAUGGCACGCCAUGUGGACCCGACACUAACGACAUCUGUGUGCAGGGCCUGUGCAGGCAAGCCGGCUGCGAUCAUGUACUGAACUCUAAAGCCAGGCGAGACAAGUGUGGCGUGUGCGGAGGCGAUAACUCUUCCUGCAAAACAGUAGCAGGCACCUUCAACAUCGUACACUACGGCUAUAAUGAAGUAGUCCGAAUACCCAGUGGUGCUACAAACAUAGAUGUGCGUCAGCACAGCUACUCAGGGAAACCGGAGGAUGACAACUACCUCGCCGUCUCAAACAGCCGCGGAGAAUUCCUGCUGAAUGGAGAAUUUGUGGUCAGCAUGUUCAAAAGGGAAAUCAAAGUGGGCGACGCUGUCGUAGAGUACAGCGGCUCRGAUCACGUGGUUGAAAGGAUCAACUGCACUGAUCGCAUCGAAGAGGAGGUCGUUGUUCAGGUGCUGUCUGUCGGGAACCUUUACAACCCAGAUGUCAGGUACUCCUUUAAUAUCCCCAUAGAGGAUAAGCCUCAGCAGUUCUUCUGGGACGCUUAUGGGCCCUGGCAGGAGUGCAGUCGUCUGUGCCAAGGAGAGCGGAAGCGGAAGAUUUUGUGCAGCAGGGAGUCUGACAGUGUGGUGGUGUCGGACCAGCGGUGCCACGGUGCAGCUCGACCUGCCGUCAUCACCGAGCUCUGCAACACUGAAUGUGAACUCAGGUGGCACGUGGCUCGUAAAAGCGAGUGCACAGCUCAGUGUGGCCCYGGAUAUCGCACCCUGGAAAUACACUGCACCAAGUUCAGCCACGCCGACGGCAAGAUCCAGAAGGUCGACGACCGCUACUGUAGUGGUCAGCGCAAACCUGAUGAUAAGGAAGGCUGCCACGGAGACUGUAACCCCGGCGGUUGGGAUUACUCUCCCUGGUCAGAGUGCUCCAAAAGCUGCAAUGGGGGCACUCGGCGUCGAGGGGCGGUUUGUCGAAAGGCAGCUGAAGGCGGCGCCGACGAGAACAAGUGCAGUCAAAGGGACAAACUGACCGUCCAGUCCUGCAAUGAUUUUCUCUGUCCACAGUGGAAAACUGCUGACUGGUCCGAGUGCCUUGUAACGUGCGGGAAAGGCUACAAGCACCGCCAGAUGUGGUGUCAGUUUGGCGAGGAGCGUCUAGAYGAUCACUUCUGUGGCUCGUCCAAACCCGAGUCGGUUCAGACGUGCCAACAACAAGAGUGUGCGUCUUGGCAAGUUGGACCGUGGGGACAAUGCACUACCUCUUGUGGGCCAGGCUACCAGAUGCGAGCAGUGAAGUGUGUGGUGGGCUCCUACGGUGCCGUCGUGGAUGACGCUGACUGCAAUGCUGCCACACGCCCAACAGAUACCCAGGACUGUGAAACAGCUCAGUGUCCCAGCAGUCACCCAGUUCCCCCAGGAACUAAAGUCCCUUCUCACCAGGGCCUCAAAACCCAGUGGCGCUUUGGUUCCUGGGCUCAGUGUAGCGCCAGCUGUGGCAAAGGGACGAGGAUGCGCUUCGUGAGCUGCCGUGACAACCAUGGYGGUGUUGCAGAGGAGUCGGCAUGCGCUCACUUGCCAAAACCCCCCGCCAUGGAGGUUUGCUCGGUAGUAGCUUGUGGGCAGUGGAAAGUGCUGGAAUGGACACCGUGCUCCAGCACCUGUGCCGGAGGCUUCCAGCGUCGGGUUGUGGUGUGCCAGGAUGAGAACGGUUACCCUGCCAACAACUGUGAGGAUCGCAGCCGACCCAAAGAGCAGCGAUCCUGCGAAUCGGGGCCAUGUCCUCAGUGGGUCUACGGCAACUGGGGCGAGUGCACUAAGCCUUGUGGAGGAGGGAUAAAGACGAGGCUGGUGGUGUGUCAGCGUCCAAACGGCGAGCGUUUCAGYGAUCUGAGCUGCGAGAUCCACGACAAGCCACCAGAUCGAGAGCAGUGCAAUACUCAACCGUGUCCUUCGAGCCCUCAGUGGAGCACAGACCCAUGGAGCUCGUGCUCAGCUUCCUGCGGGCGAGGUUUCAGGACCCGUAAGGUGAGCUGCGUGGCCGGGUCGGGCCUUUCCAUCCCAGAGGAGACGUGCCUGCAGUCCUCCUCCAAACCCAGCAAGCAGAGGCGCUGCAGAGGCGGGCGCUGCCCCAAGUGGAAGACUGGCAGCUGGGGGGAGUGUUCAGCUACGUGUGGCGACGGAAUCCAGCGACGAGAGGUUUUCUGCCAAGUCGGUGACCGCCGCAGUCCUCUGGAGAGCGACUGUCCCCAGCGCUCCCGGCCGCCGUCCAGCCAGACGUGCCGGGUCGCAGACUGCCCCGCUCGGUACCGGUGGAAGGAGGGCGACUGGCAGACAUGCAGUAAAUCGUGCGGAUCGGGCCAUCGAACACGAAUAUUGCACUGUGUGGAUUACAACCAGCAGGAGGUCCAUGAAAUGUACUGCGUGAACCAGAUCAGACCACCAGACAUGGAGAGCUGCAACACACAUGCCUGUGAAUUAAUCUGGAUUACCGGGGAAUGGACAGAGUGCUCAGUCAGCUGUGGUCAAGGCUACCGCCAGCGUCUCAUCUCCUGCAGUGAGGUUCACGUGGAGAAUGACAACUAUGAGUACGGCCACCAGUCUCUGUCUAACUGCCCUGGAACCCCCCCAGAGAGCUACAUGCCCUGCAAUCUGGGCCCAUGUCCACCGCUACAGGAGUGGAGGGCUGGAAUCUGGGGACCGUGCUCAGUGAGCUGUGGGGAUGGAGUGAUGGAAAGGACGGUGUGGUGUGUGUCAGCAGAYGGACAAGAAAGUAACAGAUGUUCUCCUGAUGCAAUGCCCAACACUAGAAAAGUCUGCACUAAUCCAAGCUGCCACCUGCCGUCAAGCUGUCUUGACAUCCAAAGCAUGAAUGGUCCCAUACAGGACAGCGAACACUUCCUCAGUGUUCAAGGAAAAGUCCUCAAGGUUUAUUGUGCAGGAAUGCAGACAGAGUCUCCGCAGGAGUACAUCACCUUGACGACUGGAGAAGAGGAGAAUUUCUCAGAGAUCUUUGGCUUCAGGCUCAACGACCCGACGCAAUGUCCGGCCAACGGCUCCGGAAGAGAAGACUGUGACUGUCGGAGAGACUACACAGCUGCUGGCAUCACCACCUUCUCUAAAGUUCGCCUGGACCUCCGACGGAUGCACRUUAUCACUACAGACUGGAUGUUUGCGAUCACCCGUGAAGGCAAGAAUGUCCCGUUUGCAACAGCUGGAGACUGCUACAGUUUAGCAAGCUGUCCUCAGGGCCGGUUCAGGAUCAACUUAUCAGGAACAGGUUUGAAGGUGGCGGAGGACAYCGCGUGGAUCUCUCAGGGCAACUACGCUGUGGCCAAUGUGCAAAAAUCACAGGAUGGCAGCAGAGUGUCAGGAAUCUGUGGAGGCUACUGUGGGAAAUGCUCCCCAUCCUCUGACAGCAGUCUGCCUGUAACAGUGGAAUAAAUGCUCGGCCUUCAAACAGGUGCUGWUUCCAUCACAACAUCCCUCCAUGGUGCUACAAGCAACGUCAAGCCCAAACCCAUCCUCUUCAUCACCUCUUUAACUCUACAUGUGAAUACUGUAAAUUUAUGUAAGUAAUGUAAAUAACCCAGUAAAUCUUUUUAUUUAUUAUAAACUUGUCAUUUAGUUCUGUAUUGUAAAAAAAUAUUUUUAAAGGUGUUUCUGUCAAAAGUGAGCACUAAACCAUUCAGCUGUUCAAAACUGCAUUCUGUUUUUUAAAUACCAUCCUAAUGUUAAUUAAGUGUAAGGUUACUCUGCAGUGUUUUUGUCAAAGCCAUAUGUGUGUUUUAUUGUUUGUUGAAGUGUUCAAGCAGCCACAUUUCUACAGGCCUUAAUGUUAAACACGGACCCUUUGGAGGUCGUGUCCAACUUUGCUUUCUCUGACUGAGCUGCAGCACUUUAUCAUAAGCUUCAAAUCUGCCUUCCUGCCUUUAAAGUACAAUUCCUCUUUUUUUUCUUUGGCACAUUGUGUUUGUAGCCGGUAAAAAAAAAAAAAAAAGCAAGUGUCAGAAACCAGCAGGCUGCUCUGUCUGGAUUAUUCCAGCUGUUAYCUACAGGUGGAGGUGGUCAUCUAACAGAGCAAAGGAAAGCGGGCUGUUUAGGUGGUGAACUGGGUCAGGUGUACCAAACGCACCGCACAAAAAGGCCAGUUGUUGCAGUUUGACAUUUCCUGAAUGUGAGCAUGAGGGGGACUAAAUAAAGCCAGGUUAAUGUAAGAAAUGAGGUGUAACGGUGUACAGUUCUCAAAUGUGAAGGAUGUUCAGCCAUAUAUAAUUACGUCUUCUGCCUUGGACACAUAUCCACUUGAAGGAGCAAACUGCGGUAUAGAGUUUAAUCUGCCAGGCUUUAGGGGGCUUAAUUCMUCUGUGUGCAGGGACCCAAAGAGUUAYUAGUCUUYAGCUUUUACUGAACAGUCAGGAUAUCUUAUCUGGGGCCACUUUACCUCAUGCCAAAUCAAGUUCCACAGCAGCUCCAGGGCUUGUGGAGACGACAGUCUGUCCUCAUGCUGCUUGUAAACCGGUGCUUCCUGUACCUCACGUUCUGUUCUUGUUUUAUUGUUUAAAUGAGUCUGUCCAUUCACUCUCAUGCUACUGUUUAUAGCUUUUUUAUUUGCUGUUUUUGUGAAGAAAUCAGGGUACUUUAUAUUUUGUGUUUGUGUGUCUCUAUCCAUUGUUAUGCAUUAUUAGGAGAUGAUCUUUUGAGAUUUCACAAAGUCCAGAAGAUAAAUAUAAAAAAAGCAAUGAUUCUUAACAUUGUUUUAGUUUAGGUAUGAUGUAUACAUUAUGCGCAGCAAUGUCUAUAUUAGUUGUUCUAAUGGUGCUAUGUUAGUGCUUUAAAGGGAUAGUUCAAAUCGUUUUGAGAUUUUGUGAAAAAGUUGUGAACAAUCAAUAUCUUACCUGUCGUGGAUGUGAAUGACAUCUAAUUGGAGAAACAGAGUUUAAUUCCAACCGGAUGCAAUUUCCACCCCACUUGAAAGGAUUUGAACUUUCCCUUUAGGUGGUAUUGUGCAUUAUUCAGCCAAAGGGAAUUCACUGCAGCCUUAAUAUGCAACUUUACAAAUUAAAAACAAGAAAAAAAAGCUGUAAAAUAAAUUGUGUCUUACUGAAGGUCACAGCUGACAAAUGCACUUCUGACUGUGAAUGUCAGAUUUCAAUUCAGUCAGGUUCUCAGGUGUCAUAAUGAAGGGAUUAUUUUAUUUAAUUGUAUUUAUCUUAUUGUUCACACAUGCCAUGUGUUUACCAGGUAACUAAACAUGUAUUAUUGCAUUUAACUAUGUAAAAUGUCUUUAUCUAAAUAUGUAUGCUUUAUUUUAUUUUCCGACCUUUUUUGUUGUGAAUGUACAAAAAAAAACCCUCAGCCAUGAAUGAUUACCAUAAAAUAAACCRUCUGCCAGUA